AUGGGGCCCUCAAGCGGGUCCACACCGAGAUUUCGGACUCUUGAGUCUACGAAUUUGAAUGUAAACAAAUCCAAGGUAAUUUCUGGCAAAACUUGGCCACGGUUCCUUGUUAUCGGAUCAUCCGUAGAUGGGGCCUUGCGGAAAUUAUCUCCAUUUGCUAUUGAAAAGGGUUUACAAGGGCUAGCUGGAGAGCUGAAAACAAUCAAGAAACUGCGGAAUGGCUCUGUGUUGGUGGAGUGCGCUACUGAGAGUCAUUCUAAGAAUCUUCUUAAAUCGAAAUUCUUAUGCAAUGUGCCAUUUGAGGUUUCACCACAUUCCUCCCUUAAUUCUUCUAAGGAAGUGAUCCAUUGUAGAGACUUGGAGGGAGUAAGAGAGGACGAGAUUUGUACAAAUCUUGCCUCACAGGAUGUUGUGUUGCUCAAACGAAUAAGUGUUCAUCGGAAUAAUGACCUUGUUCCGACAAACACUUUGGUUUUGACGUUUAAUGCGCCAACUCUCCCAAAAUCGACACAAGCAGGAUAUUUAAACAUACCUGUUGUACCUGUCAUACCCAAUCCUUUGAGAUGCUUUAAGUGUCAAAAGUUUAGUCAUGGGCAGAAUACAUGUCGUAACAGGUUGACAUGA